UUCAACUUCAGCUUCUAUAAAUUCGUGACGCCCACACAGAGGCAGUAGUAAUAUAAGCACCACCCUGCUGUCAUUAGAGAUUACAUCUCCUUGACGGAUGUGACAGCAUCAUGAACAUGCUUCUCCUCCCCGCUCUACUGCUGCUGCUCUCCGGCCUCCGCGCUGCAUCGGCAGACGAACCGGUUCCCACCUACCCGCACCGGGACCCUGUUACCGGGGAAACGCUCACUUGCAACAAGUGUCCACCGGGGACCCACAUGUCCGCGCACUGCACCGCCAGCACGCCCACGCAGUGCGCGCCGUGCAGGCAGGACUACUUCACGGCGCUGUGGAACUACCUGCCCAGGUGUCUGUACUGCAACAACUUCUGCAACGGAAACCAGGAGGUGGAGACCGAGUGUUCCGCGACCACCAACCGAGUGUGCCGAUGCCAGAAGGGCUUUUACGGGCUGGACGACUUCUGCAUCCCACACACAGAGUGCGGCCCCGGACACGGUGUUCUAACCAAAGGUACGUGGCAGACGGACACUGUUUGUACGAGGUGUUCUGAUGGUUAUUUUUCCAACUCGCUCUCUGCGCUGGAUUCAUGCAUCAAACAUCAGGAAUGUGCAAAUGAAAAGAUUGAGCUCCUCAGUGGAUCAGCAGACCAGGACACCCUGUGUGGCACCUGUGAGGAUCUUGCAAAUGGAGGUGAGACCUUCAGGACUUUCCUCUCAGGAUUCUUUACAUUGCACAAAAUGCGUGUAGGAAAAAUGAAGAAAUUUGUUGCCAGGCACAUCUCAAGGUCAGUGGAGGAGAUGUUCAUCCAGGACACGACCAAACAGAGAGGUCCUCUGCUGGAUCAGAUUAAAGUCUGGCUGUCCAAGGCUCCAGAGGAGGAGCUGAGGAAGCUGCCUCAGAUGCUGAAGUAUUCCCAGCUCGGCUCCAUGGCGGAUAAACUGCAGACGAGGUUGAGUGAGAUCAAGCAGCAGAGUCCAAACUGUACUUUAUUUGUAGUUUAAGAUGCACUUUGAAAGACUAAAGAGUCCGCAGCACAUAUGCUAGUAUGACAAAUACCUCUUUUUGGAUUUAUAAUGUGUUACAGCAGCAUCUUCUAGCAUCAUUUGUCCGUUUAUUUAGAGUAUAUUGAAAUGUUUUAUAGAAAUAAUGUUUACAAAAUUUGUUUACAUGUCCUGCUCAGAGGCAGUGACACAUGAGCGACAUUACCGAUAGUGAGUGACAGCUACUGACAAAAUGUGUAAAUAAAUUUUUAUACGAAACUAAAGUUGUGAUGAACUAGAUGUUAAAUUAUGUUAAAUUAUAUUGCCUAAUGGUACUGCCAUACUUGUGUUUGGUGUAUGUUGGACUGUACUUCAAAAGUGGAGGAAUCUUUCCAAAUAAAGAUGAAAAUAUGCAAACGUU